UCAGUCAAGCCACUUUGCUGUCAGCCCUGACUACAUGGAGACAAAGGUUGAACAUUCACUGGGCAAAGCUGACAGUGGAGCAGAGGCAGCUGGAAUAAAAGAAGGCGAGAAACCUGCACAUUUUCUAAAAGAAAAACAAAUUGAUGAACUAUGGAGUUUCAAACAACCUUUAAAGAUCAGUGAAACGAGUGACCACAUGUUCAUCUGUGACAGCAAUCUAAAGUGCACUGAUGGUGAACAAGGAAACAAGGUUGAGACUUUGAGUGAUAAACCUGAUAUUCAUAUGAUGGUUGUGACGACUGAUGGAGCAGAGCAAAGAGACAGAAUAAAUGGUGGAAAAGAAAAACGAAACAGUGAGUUGAAAAACUCAGAGAUAUGGGAAAUUUUUGAGGAUGAUAAAAAGAAUCCAACAUCCAUGAGCAUUAAGAAACCAGACAACAAUGUAAGCGUGGAGUCACCUGAUAAAAGCAUUAGUGAAUGGGUGGAGGGGAGCAGAUUCAUCGUUUGUAGUGGAGAUGACUCAGAACAAAGUCUUGGUUGUUUCUCUCAUUACCAGCUCAGCUCUGAUGUAUUCUUAAAAUUUCCAACGGCAAAUGAUGCAGUUGUUCCUUGUCAGCCAUAUCUAGAGCAUUCAGAGAACCCUCAGUACGACUCCACAGCACUAAAAUGUAGUAACAGAUUGCCGCCAUCUGCUUUGACUCUCUGCAACUACAUGCUCAGGAAGUUUGACACUUUUGAAAAGAUCAAACUUUCCCCAGAUUAUGACCAAGAUGAAGAUGCUGCUUUGAGCAACAUGUCUUUCCUCACCAGCGUGACUGGGGAGAUGCUGAAAAAAACCCAGCAGCAACUCCAGCACCACACGUCUAAGCCAGCGCUUGACAUUCACAAGUCGGUAGAAGAGAAUGAGGAAGCAGAGGAAGAGAAGAUGGAAGGGAUUGAAUGUCACACGGAGAACAUGACAAAUACAUUUGUAAGCUGUAUUUCCUCCCAUACUGAUGCCUCAAACUCGAUCUCAACAACAGAUGUCAUUGAGCUCAUGUGGCCAGAGCAUCAGCCUAACUGUGAGUCAGCAUCCGAGGACACACGCAAUGAAUCCAACCCACAGUCUAGGUCUUCUGCUACAGACCCUGAAAGUGACAGCCCUCCCUCUGAUCUGAACCACAACUUUCAGUUUGAAAUGAAAGAACCCCUUGACAGGGUCUUAAAGGAGCUCAUUAGAAAUGAUUUUGCGAAUACCUGUGCGACAAAGUCACAUGAGCAGUGCAGUGAUGUUCCUGAACCUCUGGAGAGUCACGCAUCAAAAGUGACCUCAGAGAAUCUCAGCAGCACAGAACUGGGACGUUACAGAGAAACAUCUGCAGAUAAAGAUGAUGAGGACUACUGCCUGGAAACCAGUGAAGCUCUUAGUCGUGAUGGCGAACAGGAAGUGCCCCUUAACAAAAACCUGAACAAGGACCCACUCAGGGACAUUGCAGAUGAACACAAAGAACCUCAGAAUAGGGAGCAGGAAGUCAAGAUGUGGUCUCCAUCCAUUGUGUGUWUUCCUCUGUUGGAGCAAAUGAGACACGGACCACCAGAGCAGCAUAGAAGACUAGAGCCUUUGAAGACCUGCACCCGUCCAAUCCGGGUAGGACUUUCAAAAAGAGCAAAGACCAAACACCUGCACCGCUCCCAUCCCUACAAAUGAACAGAACAACUGAGAUGAUAUGGAACAUGUUCUUAUCAGGUGUUUGAUUGUAGUUUUCAGUGUUUAAGGUGAUGUUUUCUGCUUUUUCAAAAAAACAUGGUUCUUAUUUGCUUCUAAUGUGUUGGUUCUGGUUUUAUGUUAAUAUUGUGGGCGGUUCUUAGAUUAUUAGUCUGCUGUGAAUUGCCUGUUGAGUAAAUCAGCAGCAGCUUUGCUUCUUCGCCCAAAGGCAUCAACAUGUGAUGCAGCAAAGCCUCUUUACUGUCCUUGUUUAAUGAAUAACUUAUUUAUAUUUAUAUAAAGACUUUUAUAUCUCUU